ACAGUACCUUUCACUUCACUAACCCUGCCUGAGGGAAGUAGUGAACCUUUCGGCAGGCGGACAUCACUAUGUUUUCUGCCGUUAUUCGUGUUUCUGCGGCCGGCGUUAGGAGUUUAACCCGGACAGGUCCUCAGUGUACAGCCUCCUUAGCCUCCCGAUGCUACUCUCAUGCCAAAGCAGAGACAGAUGAGGAGUUUGACGCUCGCUGGGUCACUUAUUUUAGCAAGCCCAACCUUGAUGACUGGGAACUUCGAAAAGGUGUGAACACUCUGAUUGGGUAUGACCUGGUCCCUGAACCAAAGAUCCUUGACUCUGCACUGAGAGCCUGCAGGAGGCUAAAUGACUUGGCCAGUGCAGUCCGCAUCUUAGAGGCAGUCAAGGAUAAGUCUGGACCACAUAAAGAGAUCUAUCCAUAUGUGAUUCAGGAGCUUCACCCCACCCUUAUGGAACUAGGCAUCUCAACCCCAGAGGAACUGGGCAUCCAUAAAGCCUAAGCAGGUCUAGUGACACGUCUGACAAGGUUGUUCACUGCACUUCAAGUCUGCCUUGUUCUUUAUUGUCCCGUGUUCAUAAAAUUGUCAUGUCUAAAAAAUUUUUGACCUAAUAAACAAAGCAAUAUCUAA